AUGUCCAGACUAACGUACGGCCAGGGGGUAUCGCCCUCGAUCACGCCACACCGGUACCUCACGUCCAUUCACGAUAUCACGAUUAAGCGGUGCUGGCAAGGCUUGAACAAGCAUGUGGUUGAGCCUGUCCGGGAGGUGAUUGCGCAAGGAAGGGAAGAGGGAGGUUUUGUGAGCACGAACGAUGCGCACAUACGAGUUUUUUGGUUUCUCUUUGUACCACUGGUCAUCAGCUCCCUCAACAAGUUCAUCAUCAUCCACAAUCAUCACAAGGUCCGAUAUCAGCCGGAGAAACGCGGCCCAUCCGGGUGCAGGCGGAUAGACGUGUGGAAACGACCUGCAGACUUUGGCGGUGAGCAACACCUCAUCCCUCUCACUGAUGAGGCCCGCGGUAUUCUUGAGGUCUGGAGCGAAGAUGCCUACCGUGAGGGGCAGAUGCAGUGGCUGACACCGGCCGAGUACGAAAUCUGUACUGCUGGGCUGGAGACCUUGGGGGUGACAGAGCGCUGGCACUAUUAUGAUGUGUGGGCCUUAUUCUCGAGGCUGAUUGCCGUGGUGAUUGAUGACUUGUAUCUGGAGCUGCAGAGGCAGUCUGACGAAGUAGACACGGAUUAG